CCCCCCCCUCUCCUCUCCUCUGCAGGGCAACAAAUAGGUGGUGAUCUUCCCAAAGUUGUGUCUUUCUUGGCCUGGACACAGAGUGGGCUGGUAGGUGUGUGUGUGCAUGGAUGGACUUGGCUGCAUGCACGUUUAGGAGCCUGGCCUGAUGGAAAAGAGAGACAGGAAGCCGGGAUACUUUGCCAGGCUGAAGAGGCGGCGACAGCUCAAGCAGAGCCAAUCAGACAAGAAUGUGAAUGAGCAGAGCCCAGCAAUCAUCACCUGUCCAGACGUCCCACAUAUCGGUGACCCCAACAAGAAGACGGACCUACAGAGAAUCGCAACAAAACCGGCCGCAGCCUCAGAUGAUGGCUGUAAAAGUAACAAUCAGACAAAGAGGGAGAAGAGAGGGCCGCCAGGAACAGUGGAGUUCAUUGUGGGACCCAAUGAUUCACUUAAUAGCAUCGCUCUUAAGUUCAACAUCACCCCAAACAAACUGGUCCAGCUGAACAAGCUCUUCUCCCGCAGCGUCUACCCUGGACAGAAGCUGUUUGUCCCCGAUGAGAGUCAAUCAGAAACAGACUUAAAGUCUCCGAGUUCCUCUCAUCCCACAUUCUCACAAGGCCUCUCUGAGAAACCGUCACAUGAUGCCAUUUCAAACUUUAGGUCAGCGAGGUCCAUCCGACGGGAGCUCUCCCCAAACUCAGAAGACGAGAGUCCUUCCACGGUUAAAUUCAUCAAGAUGAGCUGCAAAUACUUCACUGAUGGCAUGGGGGUGGUGGGAGGUGUGCUGAUUGUGACACCCAACAACAUCAUGUUUGACCCCCACAAGUCAGACCCCCUGGUGAUCGAGCACGGCUGCGAGGAGUACGGCCUCAUCUGCCCUAUGGAGGAGGUCGUCUCUGUUGCGCUGUACAACGAUGUCUCGCGCAUGAAGCUCAAAGAUGCCCUGCCAUCGCCCGGUGAGUGGGAGCAGCUGCUGUCAGAGCGGGAACUAAACCCCUUUAGCCGAUACGAAGCUCUGGAUCCAAAGCGACCUAUCAUCCUGGAUGAAAUUGAAUCAGCCAUCUCCGAAACUGUGAGUGCAGUAGAGGAGGAGACAGAAAAGUCUCCAUCAGAUGAAGGAUUCACAGAGUUGGAGCAGACAGUCAAUGGAAGCACUGAAGAAGCAGAGGGAACGUCUUCCAGAACAUCUGGGAUCGUCAGUGGGGACCAUCAGAAACUCCUAGGACCAGGCUGCCCCGGUCGAGGAGACACUGAGAACAAGUCGAUGCUGGCUCAAACUAAAGGGAAGCCUGAUGAUGAAGAGGACGAAGGUGUAGCUCAGAAUGGCUCCAUUGAGGAUGGAGAGUCAAUACAAUCCUCCUCGGAGACUGAAAAACAGGGGGACUUACUUGAUAAACCUUCAAACCAAGAGGCGACCAAAACCAAAGAUAUGAAACCUAAAGGGACAGAGGAGCUGCUAAACAAUGAAGAUGACAAAAUACUCAGCACAUCGGUGGACCAAAGCAGUAGGCUGAGUCUGACCGAGGCUGCAGAGGUUUGUAGGAGCUCAGGUCCAGAAAGACCAGCAGAGGGGGCUGAACUCAGUGAGGAGGAGAGACGGAAGAAAAGCUAUGAAGCAGAGGUGAAGUCGUGGCUGAUGGAGCGGAUGCAGGCUCCAAUAGAAGACAUGCUUUUUUCAUCAGAGGAGAAGAGUAAAAACCCUCCCAUGUUCCUCUGCUUCAAAGUGGGAAAGCCAAUGAGGAAAUCCUUUGCUACUGGGACAACUUCUUGUCCCGCCCACUCCUUUGGCAGCCGCGGAAAGCAGCCAGAGUAUUGGUUCGCCGUGCCGCAAGAAAGGUGCGAUUAUGCUCUCACUCUUAGACUCUUUUCACAGAUAUUCGGGGCGUUCUCCACUCAUCCCUUCAGAGUGAGCGAACACUGCUACGGCACAGGAGAGACGUUCCUCUACAACUUCUGUCCUGAAAUCAAGGUGUACCGGUGGACGGGGGAGAAUUCUUACUUUGUGAAAGGCAAUAUUGAUUCUCUGCAGAUGGGAGGAGGAGGGGGUCAGCUGGGUUUGUGGCUUGAUGCCGAGCUGUACAGAGGGGCCUCUACCAAAUGCGCUACCUUCAACAACCAGCCGCUCUCAGCUCAGCAGGACUUCAGCAUCCACAGUUUGGAGGUCUGGACAUUUGAGUAGUCUCACCUUCUCUGUUCCAGGUACAUCGACCUUCACGCUCUGCUCCACAACCUCAAACCUUCAGACACCCCCUCCUCCAAGUCUAAUAUGCGCCACUUGGAGGAGAAACCCAGCUACUCCACAAUGACACUAAAUGUUCUGCGAGCGAGGACAGAAAGCUGCCUGCGGAGUUUCCUUGUUGACUGAGAGUAGGUUUGACCUGCAGGGAGGUCGGCCACUUUAUGUCAGGUUCGUCCCUCCUCCCUUCAAAGGUGGAAGUGUGCGAAAAUAGCUGCCUUAGAUGUGAGUAGGAGACCCCAGCUUUCCCAGUAUGCAUACUGUCUCCAAACAUAAUCUGAUGAGGAGAGAAGGAAGAGGAAGGCUGCUGGUGAGGAUAAUCCAAAAAGAGCUGAUUCUCAGUUUGUGUGAAAGAACAAGAUAAUCCCUUAUUACUGUAGCUUUGUGCAGAGAUAAAGGCUGACGUAAUUUGUAAGGUUGUGAAUGUACAGGAUUAAGAAGGAAAAUUGAACCCUUUAUCUGUCUUUUUCUUCUUCUUCUUUUUUUUACGCCAAAAUGAACUUGAAUUUUGAAGGAAAAUGGAAAAUGCCAGGAAGGAUUUUUGGAUCCUUUGCUAUAAAUGUACUUUUAAUAUGGAGAAUUUUGUUGAUUGUUUACGACGGUGCGUUGCACUUCCUCAUAAGUUCUUUAGUUUUUAAGAUAAACUGAAUGAGAAUGAGCCAUCGCAUUUUCUCAUUGCUACAAAUAAAGUUUUAAUUCCCCUGUGCGAUCCAAAACAAGCGAUAUAGCCAAGAUUGGGUUUUUGUGAUGACCAAAUCUAUUUUCUUUUUAAUUUCAUAUGUGUUAGUUUGUCUUGUUUUAUAAAAUAUUUUAGAUUUUAUUUUUUACAUAUUAUUUUUACAUUGUGUUUAUGAAGAAGGUUGUUUUUUUUAAAGGUUCUACUUUUUAUAAAAAUGUAUCGCUACACAUUUCUGUUUCUGAUUGGGCACAACAAGCACUAGAAAAUCAUGUUUUUAUCUUUGAUUUUCUUUUAUGGUCGAGAGAGUUGCAGCCAGUAAACAUUUAACUUUUUGCACUACAGGAUUAAUUUCCCCUCCAUGCUGUUUUGUGGGCCUAUGUAAUUGAGCAUUUCUGAUGUAUAAUUUGUUAUUGAAUGUUGUUUCAUCACCACAACACGAGGGAAGCUGCCUGUCCUAUCACAGGUUGGCAUGGAAAAAGGGAUCAUCUGUUUUUGGGGGGGUUUUGCACUCGGUUAUGCCACUAACUAAAAAUCCACAUCUAGGCUUGUAGUGCAUGAACAUUCAAUUCUGCAAAUGUCUUGACACCAUUGUUAUGAAAGCCCACCGGCCAUGUUAUCCACUAACGCCAAUUAUCGCUUCAUGUGAAAAUGAGCUGUGCUGUCUGUAGCCGUUCAGUGUUGUUACUGUGAAUGCUCAGUAAGUAUUAUUUCUUGUGAAUCCAAAACUGCUGUGUACUGUGAUAUCACUAUGGAUCUAUUUAUUGUGUUGUUAUUGCAACCACAUUUAAACUUAAAUAAAUGUUAUAUAUAUCCAUAUA